CCUCGAAAUCAUCUUCUUUCACCUUGUGAUCAAGUCUAGCGACACACACACAAGCUUUCCUCAUAUUCUCCAAGAUGGCUCCAUCUGGACGGAAGAAAGGCAAGGAGGUUGACCGGUCACCUACGAGCAUCUUGAAGCAUGGCGACUACACGGUCUCCCUCACCAGCUGGCUUGCUGGUGGCCCUGUAGUCCUGGGCAAGAAGCCUCGUCGGGUCAUCGACCUCAAAGUUGAGCGCGAUCGCAAGUCCGAAACGUCGGACCAAUCUCUGGUCCUGGCCAAGAAGGACCAUGAUGCAGCUGCCUCCGACAUGGAGGUUGGCACUUCGGGAUCCGAAGGAGCCCUCACGCACACCUCGAGACAACGCCGAGGAACUGAAGGGUCUUCCCAACCAGCUGUAAGCUCAAAGCCAUUCCUCACGUACGAGGAAAAGAGAGUCGAGAAGUUUACUAUUCGGCCUCCGCCUGUGGUCUUCAACACGCCUGAAGACGUCCCUACUGGCUGGCUUGAAGCGAUGUUGAACCAGAGGAAGAAUGGUGAAAGCUCAAAGGCUGUUCCGAAGAAGGCCAUCAGUUAUGAGCAUAACGAUUCAGAGGAUUACGAAGCUGGCUACGACUCUCCCCCUCACAACAAAUCAAAAUUACUGCCAAAGAAGUCAUCGAGUACCUCCAGGAGAGCAUCAGAAAUUCGUAUCGAAACCAAGUCGUCAUCAAAGAAGGGUACUCGAAAAGUCAAAGUCAUAACUGCUGAUGCAACAGAUGAGUCAGACGAGUCUUUAUCGGAUGUCGAGUCACGUCGUCCUAUGAAGACGAAGAAGCUUGAACGCCGGAGCGUGAUCAAAGAGAGAAUCAAGAAGAAGAUGCACGUCGAGGUUUCUGACGAGGAGACAGCUGAUAAAGUCACAACUGAUAUUGAGUCGUCAGACAUUGAGUCAACAGAUGUCGAGCCACGUUCCAAAAUGACAUCGAAGAAGAAGUCGAGUACUUCGUCGAAGAAAACAGGAAGUUCAAAAGUCAAGGUCGAGACACGGGGCAGAAAGGGCAAGCAGAAAGUCGUGGUGGAAGCUUCAAGCGAAGAAGAGGAAGAUUCCUCGGUUGAGUCGACGUCGGAAGCUGAGCCGUCUCCCCCGAAGAAAAUCAAGAACAAGAACCGUGUUACCUUUACCGAGACCACACGAAAGGGCAAAAAGAAGACCACCACAGUUGAAUCAUCAGAUGAAGCUGACAUAGCACAUGUCAAACCACGUUCAUCUAAGAAAGCGAAGAAGUCCGAAAUCUGUGUCAAGACCGGCGGGAAAACAAAGGCGAAGAAGGUCACAUUCGAACCCACCGAUGAAGCUGAGACUACUGACGACGCCACAACAGAUGCGGAGCCUACGCCGGCGAAAGCGCAGAAGGGCAAGGGCAAGUCCAAGACCAAGGCAAAGAAGAAGAUUGAAGUCGAAUCACCCGACCCCGAAGAGACAACCGAUGCCGUUACUACUGACGACGCAACUCAAACCGAAGCCGAAACCACCGAUGCAGAUACGACUAUUGCCGAGAAGCCCAAAGGAACUCCAGCAGCAGGUAAAGCCGACAACGACUGGACGCCUUCGCAAGAUGCAAGCAUACUCAGUAUGAAGGAAGGUGGCGAAUCAUGGGCUGACAUUGGCAGCGCCAUUGGCCGAAACAAGAACGAGGUCAAGAAACGGCACCAGGAACUUGUUCGUUCAGGCGCUGCUCACGUCAAUAAGGGCAAUCAGAGCAAGGCAUACAAGGCACAGAACAAGAAGAACAAGAACAACGAAGCCGGUCCCAGCCAUGCCUCUGUUGCGGACGACACUAUGGGAUUUGGCGAACUUCCUGGCUUUGGCUUUGAUGCAGAUCAAGACAACAACAAUAACAAUAACAAUGACAACAACAACAACAACAACAACAACAAUGGUGAUGGCUGGAGUGGUGGUGGUGAUCAGAACAACAGCAACAAUGAGACCAACAACAACAACAACAACAACAACAACAACAACACCGAUAACAACGGCGGUGAUGGCGAAGGUGCAUGGGGAGGUGGAAACCAGAACGACAACAAUGGCGGUGGAGAUGUUGGCCCUGGAUUUGAUACCCCUGCUUGGGGUGCAGACUGUACCGGAGGCGGAGAUCAAGAUACCAAUAACAAUAACAACGGCAACAACGACACUAACAACAACGGCUUUGGCGAUGCGGGUUGGGGCGGCGGAGACCAGGAGAACAACGGAGGUGGUAAUGUCGGUCCGGGAGGCGACAAGCCGCCGAGCAACUCGGGUUCCAAGAAUGGUUCAAACCAAGGUAAACCGCCUAGCAACAAACCGCCCAGCAACAAACCGCCCAGCAACAACGGCGGCUGCGGUUCAGGCUCGAACAAUGGUAACAGGCCGCCCAGCAACAGUGGUAACUGGGGUCAAAAUUCGAACCAAGGCAACAACGGCAAUAACAAACCAACCAGCAAUAGUGGUGGUGACUGGAACAAUGGAGGCUCCAACCAGGGCAACAAACCUCCUAGCAACAAUGGUCAGGGAGGAAGCGCAAACCAAGGGAAUAAGCCUCCCAGUAACAGCGGCAACAAUGGCUGGGGCGGAGGUUCGAACCAGGGGAAUAAACCUCCUAGUAACAGCGGCAACAAUGGCUGGAGUGGAGGUUCAAACCAGGGAAAUAAGCCUCCUAGUAACAGCGGCAACAAUGGCUGGAGCGGAGGUUCAAACCAGGGGAACAACAACAACAGACCACCCAGCAACAGCGGUGGCGGCUGGAACAAUGGAGGUUCGAACCAAGGUGACAAUAAACCACCCAGCAACAAGCCGCCCAGCAACAAUGGCGGCUGCGGUUCAGGCUCGAACAGCGGCAACAGGCCGCCUAGCAACAAGCCGCCCAGCUACAACGGCGAUUGGGGUUCAGGUUCAAAUCAGGGGAAGAACAACAACAAUAACACCAAGCCUCCCAGCAACAACGGCGGUUGUAAUACCGGUGGUUCAAAUUACGGCGGCAGCAACAACAAGCCUCCGAGCAACAGUGGUAGAGGCGAAGGCUCUAACCAAGGCAACAAGCCGCCCAGCAACAACGGCGACUGGGGUAACGCAGGUCCAACUCAAAACAACAAUGGGGGUUGGGGCUCAGGUUCGAAUCAGGGUAAUAAGCCUCCCAGUAACAGCGGCGGUUGGGAAAACGGGGGCUCGAACCAAGGCAACAAGCCGCCUAGCAACAACGGUAAUUGGAGUUCAAGUUCAAAUCAGGUGAACAACAGCAACGUCAAGCCUCCCUCCAAUGCAGGCUCUGCCAGAGGUUCAAACUACGGCAAGCCACCCAGCAACAAUGGAGGUUGGGGUUCAGGUUCCAACAGCGGCAACAAACCACCCAGCAACAACGGCAAUUGGGGCGGAGAUUCUAACCAGGGCAGCAAGCCUCCCAGCGACAGCGGAGGUUGGAAUAACGGAGGUUCUAACCAAGGAGGCAGGCCGCCUAGCAACACUGGAGGCUGGGGUUCAAGUUCGAAUCAUGGGAACAACAACAAUACCAAGCCUCCUAGCAACAGUGGCUGGGGCGGAGGUUCAAAUCACGGCAAGCCUCCUAGCAAUGGCGGAGGAUGGGAUUCAGGUUCGCACAAUGGCAACAAGCCGCCUAGCAACAAUGGCUCAAACCGUGGGGGCGGCUCUCAACAGGGCGACGAGAAGGCCAAGUCUGUGGAAAAAGAGCUGAGUAUGAAGGAUCAGGAGAUCAAAGAUCUGAAAGAACGAGUCAGUGCGGAGAAGAUGCAGCGCUUAGAGGCGGAAGUUUUUGCUUUGAGAAUACAGAACAGGGCUAACAGGUUGAACCAGAACAAGCAACCCGAGGACGGUAUGGGUUGGAACACAGGUGGUAGCGACAACAACUGGAGGCCGCCUUCAGCUGCAGGUUCGACUAAAAGCAAUCAACCACCCGACAACAACACAGGUUGGAAAUCCGGGCCAGGCUCCGACCAGGAAUGGAGUGUUGCCCCAAACCCAGGCUACAAACCGCCAAGCAACUCGGGCUGGGUUCCCAAGAAUUUUGUUCCGCCUCAGGGCAGCAAGCCCCCCAGCAACACUGCGCCCCCCGGCAGUCCCGAUGGUUGGAUUUACGGUUCACCCACAGAAAGCGAACGGGGCCGCAUGGCCAAGCGAGUGGAGGCUUGGAAGGGAUCGAUCAGUUCACCCAAAGAAGAAGGACGUUGGGGUACGCCCGACGGCGGCUGGCAUGCCACUCCGGCCACAGAUUCCCGCCCACGUGAGAUUGCGCCCGACAACACCAGGGGUCGAAGCCCUGCCGCCAGAUCUACUUCUGCCAAAGAUUGGAAGCAAGGAUUAACUCGUGUCGAUGAAGAACCAGACAUCGGUUAUGAUAUGUGGAAGAAACCUCCCAGCAACAACGGAAAGCCGGACAGCAAUGCCGGCCGCAACUCACCUGGUAACUUCAACAACAAGCCAUCCGGAGAGCAAUAUGGUUGGAACUCUGGUCCUGAUGCUGUGGCUGGAACUGGAACUGGUUGGGGUGGAGGCUCAGAUCGAGUCUCAACCCCAAGCUUCAAACACCCGGCGAAGGAUGAGUGGACUGGAGGCACAAAAGGGAAUGAUAAGCCGCCUAGUAACAAACCUCCCAGUAACAAGCCGCCCAGCAAUAACGGAGAUUGGACUCCUGGACUCGGAGCUGCCACUGGCUGGAAGGCAGAUUGCACCAAGCCGCCGAGCGACAGUGGCUGGGGCGGAGGUUCAAACCAAGGCAAGGACAACAACAAGCCUCCCAGCAACGCAGGCUCCGCGAGAGGUUCGAACUAUGGCAAACCUCCCAGCAACAACGGAGGCUGGAAUUACGCCCCGAUCGGAGGAACUUCGAAGAACGACAACAGCAACAACAAGGCAACCGGCGGUAAUGACAGCCUCACAGCCUUUCUUCAGAACCCUCCCCCGUGGGGCGCGGACUGUACCGGUCCCUGGGAUAGCAACAAACCGGCCAACAACAAAGCCGACAAGGGAGACGUCCAGAACGCCCUUAACAUUCACACGGUCAGAGACCUACCCGGCUACAAUGGAGAUGUAGCACCCAUGGGCCUCUCGGGCUUUCCUCCCGUUGUUGAACAUUAUGCGCCAGUUCCAGUUCCUCCUGUCACUCCAGGCCCUCCAGGUCGCUACCCUUCAACCCCUUACUCAGCCACCCCUCACCCACCUGGCUACCCCCCCAAGAGUGACGCACAAACUACCCUUCUCCCACUUUACAACAACCCACCUCCUCAGGCCCAAUACCCUUCCCACGACGCGCCCUGGAACUCCACCAGCUGGGACACCAAACCUGCCCUCACCACGAAGCCGCCCGGUGGCCCGUCAUCAUACCAACCCGGCCAACGUAGCGCGCAGUGCAAAACCCUCUCCGAGGAAGACCUCCGAUCCCUGUACAAACAGGUCGUCUUCAGCGCCAUGUCCUCUCGCCAGCCCCUUCUCCAACCCAAGCCUGACCGCAAUUUCACCUUGAGAGACUGCUGGGUGCUGAUCGCUUUGAGCGAGCAGUAUGAUCAUUCUUCGGCCUCGAAGGAGAAGUGGUUCGAGCUGCAAGCUAAAUUUGCGAGUGCCACGGGUCGGAUCGUUGAUGCGAAGCUGCUGAGACAGAAGGUGAAGCAGGGGGAGAAGGAGGCGAAAGUGGUGGAGGGGUGGGAGGAUGACGAGGUUGGAUGGCGGUAUAAGAAGAAGUGGGAGAUGGAGACUGCUUGGUGAGAAAGGAGGAGAGAAAAGGGUGGAGAGAUGGUUGGUGAGGGAGUAUGAGUAAGUUGAGAGAGGAGGAAAUAUCAGGUUUUUGUUGAGUAAUUUGCAAGUUGGAACUUGGUUGGAAGGAUCUACGAGGGACCUCAUGUACUUGUAGCGCAGAGGUAGUCGUCAGAUGAACAAGUCUUGCGAAAGGAAGCUGCAUCCGAAAUAAAGAAGAUUGAUUUCUAAG